AUGGAUCACAUCUACAAAACAGAUGCGCAGCUUCAUGUACACCCUGCGUACUACUCGGGCGGAGUACCCGUGUUUACUCCAACAAUGACCGAGUUUCAAGAUUUCUAUGCGUACAAUAAGGCCAUUAAUAAGUUUGGUAUGCAAUCUGGAAUUGUUAAGAUUAUACCUCCGCUUGAAUGGACACAGCUGUUAGAGGGAACUUACACGCGUGAUAACUUAGAAAAUGUGCGCAUCAAAAAUCCAAUUGUCCAGAACAUGAACAGUUCAGCGGGCCAUCAAGGUGUCUUCUCACUGCAGAAUGUUGAGAAGCAAAGAAGCUAUAAUAUUUUUCAGUGGAAAGAGCUAUCGCUAAAACCGAAUUUUGUUCCACCCGCAAAGAAGACUCGACGUGCUCUGUCUGCACCGAGCUCCAAAAGUCCUGAGCCGAAUAAGACUCGGGAAAUCACAGAUAUCUCGAAUAAGUACACUUCCAAACUACUAUGUGGCGAUUUUAACAUUGACGUUUCUGAAUUCACACCAGAAAGGUGCGAAGAAUUAGAGCAACUCUAUUGGAAAUCUUUGGGUUAUGCAGAGCCGAUGUACGGAGCAGAUAUGUUAGGUUCACUUUUCCAACAGAAUACCAGCUGCUGGAAUGUUGCACAACUUCCUAACAUCUUAGAUCUCAUGGAAGAGAAAAUUCCUGGUGUCAACGAUGCCUAUCUCUAUGCUGGCCUAUGGAAGGCGUCAUUCUCGUGGCACCUUGAAGAUCAGGACCUAUACUCCAUCAACUACCUACAUUUUGGGGCUCCCAAACAGUGGUAUUCGAUUCCACAAAGAGAUAACGCUAAAUUUUACAACUUGAUGAAAGACGUGUUCUCUGAAGACUACAAGAAUUGUCUGGAAUUCUUGAGACAUAAGACAUUUUUGGCCUCGCCUCAGUAUUUGGCGAAGAAUGGUGUUGAAUGCAACCAUAUCGUACAUAACCAGGGUGAAUUCAUGAUCACAUACCCUUAUGGCUACCAUGCGGGCUUCAAUUUUGGAUUUAACCUUGCAGAGUCGGUGAAUUUUGCUUUAGACGAUUGGUUUGAAUUUGCCCCAAAGACACAGAAAUGCGAAUGUAUUCAUGACGCUGUGGGAAUUAACUACAAACAGCUCUAUUGCAAAUUGAAGGGCCUUCCCUACGUCCCAGAAGCACCUCCUCAAGAAGACAAAGAGCGAACGCCACAAAUUGAACCCAUAUAUACACCCACUUCACAACCGGUGCCACGAAAACCAGCGAAGAAGAAGUCAAAAGUUGAGUUGAGAGAGUAUGAGUGUGCUUUGUGUCCUAACAACUUACCUGAUAGCUUGACCGUGUUCAACCAAUUCGAACUUCUUGAUACAGAUGCUUUGAAUCCUCAUACUCGCAAACCACUUCAAGUUCACAGAAUAUGUGCUAGGGCAUUUCCUAAGUACUUACGUUUCAGACGACCAUCUCGGACCUCGAAAAUCGCAUCUGAGCGUGUGUCUGGACUCUUGAGCAUUCCAAGAUCUAUGAGGUCUGUGAAAUGUAGUGUCUGUCACAUUCCUAACCGGAUUACCCAGUCGUCGAAAGCACCUCUUCAUGGAGCUUGCUUCCAGUGCCGAGUACCAAAGUGUAAUCGGUCAUUCCAUGCGACAUGCUCGUUGGCAAAUGGUGCACUUGUUGAUGAUUUUCUCUGUCGUCAGCAUCGAAGUUCUGUUUCACCCUUUUAUCUCGCGUGUGACUCUUUGGACUUAGUUAAAAAGUUGGGAACAAUACCACCGAAUUCUAUGAUCCAGUUCACUUUGACACAGAUUGCAGGCAAACCUCAUUCAGGAGACGCUUAUUGUGGACUUGUCACUCAGAACUCCAAGGAAGAUGAGACACUACAGGUCGUUGUUUUCCCAAAGAUGGACGACGAGUUGGAGGUCCAAUAUAAAAAUGUGCUUAUGGGAAAGGCCGAAACAUUUGACAAUUCGCAAUUGCUUGGAAUGACGGGAACAAUCAAAAACGGAACUUCCCUCCCUUUAUCUGCGAAGAAGCAUGUAGACGGUGCUAUUCCACCAGCCAAGAGACCCAAAGUUCAAGCUUACGUGGAAAACAUGGAAGAUCUACUGUUUCAACCCAAGUUUCCCACACCUAUUCUCGAACAUACCCAAGACAAUCUGGCGCCUCUUCAAAACCAAAAGUGGCCACAAGAUCUACACAACAGUCCCCACCAACAUCCACAACAUCCACAACAUCCACAACAUCCACAACAUUCACUAAAUUUACAACAUUCAUCACCUUUGCUUUACCAGUUUCCUGCGCAAGGUCCGCAAGUUAUCGCACUGGGUUCUCAAUUUCCUUUGCAACACCCUCCAGGACUUCAAAGCCAAGUUCCUAUGGGAGGACCUCUUCCUCCUGAUAUCCGAAUUGCACAACAUAAUGGAUAUGUGCUGCAGAACCAAGGAAGUACUCAGAAUGUGCAAACUCCGCUUUUUCAUCCUGCCGGUGUUCAAAUGGCUAGCGAGAGUUUCCCUUCUCAUGGUUCUCCCCAAGUGUUUCACUAUCCACAAGGUAUACAAGAUCAAGUAGCCUAUGGUCAACCAUUUUAUGGUUGUUUACCUCAAGUUUCCAAUGACCAAGUACCAGUGCUUGCAACACAUGAAACUCCAGUACAGGGUCAUUUUCCUCCAUUUGUUCCCCCGAUGUUCAUGGGCCAACCACGGCUGGUGGGACCGAAUUCCACGGUGCAAGCCAAUAACUACUCUGCCUCUGUGGGGCAAACUCCUCAAUCGAGUCGUUUCCGGUUCGUUGAGGAGCCUUUUAAUGAUUGA